GUGGCUUUUUGUUGUGCCACUCACAAGAAAAAAAGUUCGAAAACAACGACCAUCAUGGCCCCUAGAACUCGUCGUGCGGCGCGUAACCAGACACCCGCAACUUCGACAACAACGAAUACGACCAACUCACCCCUAUUUAGUACUAACGCUUCUGUGGCUGAGGAUUCCCCAGCGACGACUGAUGUCGAGCAGGUGCCGGUAACAAAGAGGACAAACACUAGAUCUCAGAGUCAAAGAGGGAAGAAGAGGCCACCUCCAGUUCAUAGCGAAAAUGAAGAUGAAGAUGAAGAGGCGGACUCACGUCCUGCUCCCAAACGAAGAGCGACCGGAAAGAGUUUGUACGUGGAGGUUGCUGUACUUGCAAAGAAACCUACAAACAAAGGCAAAGGGAAAGACAAAGAUAUCAAGGCCGUGAAACUUACCACUAAGGGCAAAGGCAAACAAAGAGCACCUCCAAUCGACGAUGAAAACUCAGAAACAGAAGGAGGACUUGACUACGAUGAUGCCAAAUCUCUUGUGGACUCUAAUAGUAGCGGCUCUGAAUUUGUCGCUUCUGAAGGGGAAGAAGACGAUAUCGAUGAAGAAGAAGAGCUAGUAAUGCCUAAAGCACGUUCUUCACCUGUCAAGAAACGCGUCCCUUCUACCGCCAUCUCGCUCGACGGGAACAACUCUGACGAAGAUGGUGACACGGUCAUGCUUGCCGCAGCUAUACAGCUUUCUCGUCAGACUUAUCGAAACACCAAUGGAGCUGGGCCUUCAUCCGAUACACAGGUCAAUGCGAAGGCUGCGCUUAUGGCGGCUGCUGCUGAGCAUCGUUUAGCUGACCACGCUAGAACUGGCGUGGACGUUGACGACUCCGUUAUGGACUUUGAUAGUGCUAUCAACGAUUUCGAUAAUUUGUCUGCGCUCUCUGGUUCUGACUCUGACUCUGAACCUCUCGCGAAGAAGAAAUCCAAAGGAAAGAAACACACAAAAUCCAAAUCCAAAUCCAAGAAAUAUAAGUUAGGUAUUGAAGAACCCGAACUCAUGACGUGGUUGCAGGCGAGAAGAGAACAGAAACGAGAGCAGAGGGAACUCAGCAAAAAGCUGGGCCGCAAACUUACUAAUGCGGAAAAAGCUACUCUCGCGUUGCACAAACAUCAUCCGGAAUUGAAGAAUGUCUGGGGCGAUUUGAAAGCGAAGAUUCAAGUCGUCAAACCAGCUGAAUGUCAACAGCCAGCUGGAAUCAAAUUGACGCUUCUUCCAUUCCAGAGGGAAAGUUUGCAUUGGAUGAAGAAACAAGAGGAAGGUCCGUGGAAAGGUGGUAUGCUUGCAGAUGAAAUGGGCAUGGGCAAGACUAUCCAGGUCAUUGCUUUGCUGGUCUCGGAUCGGAAGAAACCUAAUCUUAUCAUUGCUCCCACUGUUGCAAUCAUGCAAUGGAGGAAUGAAAUCGAAGCACACACAGAUGGUAUGAAGGUCCUUGUAUGGCACGGACAAUCUCGAGAAUCAGAUGUCAAAGAACUCAAGAAACAUGAUGUGGUUCUGACUACAUACGCGAUUCUCGAAAGCUCCUUCCGCAAGCAAGAAAGCGGUUUUAAAAGAAAAGGCAAGAUCAUCAAAGAACAGUCUCCGGUACACCAGAUCCUCUGGCACCGUGUGAUUCUCGACGAAGCUCACAACAUCAAAGAUCGCGGAUCCAACACGGCCAAGGCUUCUUUCGAGUUGGAAGCAGUUUCUCGAUGGUGUUUAUCCGGCACUCCAUUGCAAAACCGAGUCGGAGAGUUGUAUUCCCUGAUUAGGUUUUUAGGCGGUGACCCAUUCUCGUACUACUAUUGCAAACAAUGCGAAUGCAAGUCUUUACACUGGAAGUUUUCCGACAAAAGGUCCUGCGACGAUUGUGGACAUAGUCCGAUGCAACAUACAUGUUUUUGGAACAACGAGAUCUUAACACCAAUCCAGAAAGAUGGGAUGUCUGGGCCAGGCAAGAUCGCUUUCAAAAAAUUGAAGAUCCUACUAGAUAGAAUGAUGCUUCGACGUACUAAGCUUCAACGAGCCGACGACCUUGGCUUACCCCCUCGAACGGUUAUCAUUCGCAACGACUACUUCAGUCCAGAGGAGAAAGAAUUGUACCUAUCGCUGUUUUCUGAUGCAAAGCGACAGUUCGGUACAUACUUAGACCAAGGAACCGUUCUGAACAACUAUUCGAAUAUCUUCAGUCUUCUUACCAGGAUGAGGCAAAUGGCAUGUCACCCCGAUCUGGUCAUCAGAAGCAAAAGCAACGCCAACAAGUUUAUUACUGAAGACCUCGGGGAGGCCACCGUUUGCAGGAUAUGUCAUGAAAUCGCGGAAGAUGCAAUCCAAUCAAAGUGUCGGCAUGUCUUUGAUCGAGAAUGUAUCAAGCAAUAUCUCAAUACUGCCAUUGAGCAGAAUCCUUCUUGCCCUGUGUGCUUUGUGCCUCUUACUAUUGACCUCGAAGCACCUGCGUUAGAUCUCGAUUCUAGCACAUCCAAUGCUCGACAGGGAAUUCUCGGGCGCUUGAACUUGGACACUUGGAAGAGCUCGACAAAAAUCGAAGCUCUCUUGGAAGAAUUGAGCAAUCUGCGUACCGAGGAUGCAACAACGAAAAGCAUUGUAUUCAGUCAGUUCGUCAACUUCCUUGACCUCAUCGCAUAUCGUUUGCAGAAAGCUGGUUUUACGAUUUGUCGACUCGAGGGAACGAUGAACCCCCAAGCUAGAGAUGCGACUAUCAAACAUUUCAUGAAUAAUGUCGAAGUCACCGUUUUCCUUGUCAGUUUGAAGGCCGGUGGAGUAGCGCUGAAUCUGACAGAGGCGUCUCGUGUAUACCUCAUGGACAGUUGGUGGAAUCCUGCUGUUGAAUUUCAGGCAAUGGAUCGUAUACAUCGACUGGGUCAACAUCGACCUGUGAAAGCAAUCAAACUCAUCGUUGAGGAUAGUAUCGAGAGUCGUAUCGUACAGUUGCAGGAGAAGAAGUCUGCAAUGGUUGACGCCACGCUUUCUCCUGAUGACUCAGCAAUGGGUCGGCUCACACCUGAAGACUUGCAGUUUCUGUUCCGCCUGUAGAUGGUGAUAUGAAAUGCACAUUCAUGCUCUGCUUUGUUUUCUCAGCUCACCUUCAUAUAAAUACAAAUGUCUAUCAAUAUCAAUGCUUAUCGAACUUCAAAGUAUAGAAUUACAUAGCACAGAUACAACAGU